AUGAGCCAGUCUGUAGGCUUUGAUUGGGGGUUCGUUGGAAAUGGAACGGUAAAUUCAAAUAAUAGCGGCGGGAAUUCUGCCACCGGUACUAGCGCCACUGUAGGGGGCCACAUAGGUCAAAACAAUAAUUAUAAAGUAUCCAAACCUAGGUUAAAAAGACGAUUCACGAACGAUGAAGUGCCACAACAAGCUCACACAACAAGAAGGGUUGCAAAACGAAAGGCGGUUCAUUAUAAUGUUAUUCAGGGUCAACCGCUCCCUGUUUCGAGAGCUAUUGAAAUAAUGGACCGGGAAACUUUGCAAACUACUUUGAUGCAGCUUCUCACACUGCAUCCAGAAAUCCACGACUCAUUUGCUCGAGUUCAACCGAAUACGCAUGAUAUGGACAAGUUGACGGGGUUAUUGGAACGGAAGUUGCAGGCGGUCUACGAUCAUAUUCCGUAUUCUAAGUAUGGAGAUAUGUUAAAUGAUUACGCCUUUGUUAGGACUAAGGCAGCUAUGCUUGAGUUUCUCAACUGUUUGAUCGACUGCCUUUUGGAAUCUAUUCCUCCACGUUCACCGAACUUGAUGCAGUCAUUCAAGUUCUUAGUGUAUGGGACGAGACUUUUGACGCAGGUGCCGCAGUUUGAAACGCAGUCAAAUAACUACUAUAAGAAUAUCUGUUACGAACAAGUGGCUGAGAUCUGGAGUUCUUUGAUUAAACAUGCCUCCGCUGAUAUCAACUUUUUGUCUAGCAAACCGGGCUUAAUGCAUUACCUUGAGGAGUUGAAGCUGCUCAAUAAGCAGACCAAAGGUAAACUAGAUGCAGCGGUGCAUAUAUUCACUUUGGUUGUUGAAGACCAACGUUGCAUACCCGCGGCUGUCCCAGUCGCUGGUGUUGCUGAUCCGGGAUCCGCAGCUGAUGAACUAGGAAACAACAGUAACAUUGUUUGUAAUAACAUUGCUUGA